AUGACGACGACCGCGCCGGCGGGCUUUGAGUUCCCCGAGCACUACCACUUCCCGCCCUUCUUUACGCUGCAGCCGAUCCGGUCGACGCGGGAGAAGCAGCUCAUCCUCUGGAAGACGCUGGUCGUCGAGUACCACCGCGCGCUGCAGCAGCCCAUCUUUACACCUAACACGACGCCGAUCUUCGAGAACACGACCAUCAACCGUAAGCUCUCGAUGGAAGCACGCCAUGCGGUCGUAAGCUACAUCGUGCGCUGCGGCAACGGCGAGUGGGAGGACGACACGCACACGCGCUGCCGCAUCUUUUGGAAGUCGCCCGCCGAGUGGGCCGCCGAGAUCUACGCCUUUGCCCAAGACAAUGGCAUGCUCAACAACGUCUACACGCUCUACGAGCUGCACGCAGGCGACGAGACUGAAGGCGCCAGUUUUUAUGGCAUUGAAAUGUGGUUGCUCCGCAAAGCUCUGGAAGUGCUCGAGCACGAAGCCAAGGCGGCCAUCAUUCACGGGGAUACGCCCGAGAACGACGGCGUCAAGUUCCUCGCCACCGCCUAG